AACUGCUAGAGAAAAAUUCACGAACUCACAUUGGAACGACCAGUGAACUUGUGCCUACCGCUCAGCUGUCGGAAAGUGAGCUUAAGGCCAGAACCAAGGCGUACAAAUCCUUGUGGAAACAACUGACUGAGCUGUCAAACACUGUAUCAAUGUAUAACGACAGAAUUAAGGAACACUGCCUCUCCCUGAUAAACGGCUUUGAACAUCUCAAAUCAAAGCUAAACAUUGAGAAGAUGACCAUUGCCCAGGAAGCGUUUCUUCCCAUUGUCCAAGAAAUGUCCACUGUUAGCACUCUCAUCGCUGACCGAUACCUGACCCAGUCUGAGAACGGACGUGAUGUCACCGCUGCUUUGAACAAACUGGAUAUUGCCAUGAACCUGGCUAAGAACGCGCUGCAUGGUAUGAUCAGCUUAUCUAUUUGUAUUCAUUUUCCUAAAAUAUUGUGGUUUUAUUUCAUUUUGUCAGGUGACCAUCCGGAAGUCCGUGAUGACCCGCGCGUGGAUGACGUGGGAGAAAGCGAUUCGGAAAUGAGCACCUCGGACGAUGACUAACAAGCUAUUACUUACUGGUUGUCAUUUUGCUGUUGUGCUUAAAAACUAUAUAACAAUUCUGAAUAACGUAAUCGUUUUAUUCGUCUAAACUGCUUUAGUUAUUAAAUGCUUUCACCUUCUUUAUA